CAGAAGAGAAGCCACACACAAAAAAAAGUUCAAAUCAACUCAGAGCAGAGGAGAGAGGAGAGACGGGAGAGAAAACGCCCUGGAAACUUGGUUGAUCGAGAAAUAGGAAAAGACUGAAUCCUUACAGACUGCAGAGCUGUGACUGGAAGAAGUGCUUUUCUUGUGAGAAGGGAACAGGACAAGUUUUCAAGGAUGCUCAAGUUGGUGUGAGGCUUCUUGGGCGCAAAGACUGCGCACAGAAGCCAAGAGAACAAGAACCACAGCAUCUGACUGUAGGCCUUGGCCUUGCUUGAGCAAUCCAAGAUGGCUGAAGAGGAGGAAACCAGAGAGGUGCUCUUUCCAGAUUGGGAGGGUCCAGACAAAACUGGCUUCACAAUUCAACAGACAAGUGUCGGAGAGAUCUUUGUCGGGGAGGUUAAAGGAGAGUCACCUGCAGCACGUUCUGGAAAAGUAUAUGAAGGUGACCAGAUUGUCGGUGCCACAAUCUACUUUGAUAACAUGAGCUCAGAAGAAACAGCUGAACUACUAAAGACAUUGAACCGUCACAAAGUUGGACUGAAGCUGCAAAACAAAGGAGACAAAUCCCCUUACUGCUCGCCCUUGAGCACACCAUGUCGUUCACCAAUCGGCACCCUGACAUGGGAAGGAAAGACCCGGUUUGGAGGUUCCAGUCCAGACAUCAUCCUUGGUGGGGAGGAUGAAGACUACAAAAGAAUAUACACAAAAAAGAUUAAACCCAGGUUGAAGUCUGAAGACCUUGCAGAAGGUGUAGAUGUUCGCACAGAGCGGCAUAGCAGCACAAGCAGCGAUGGAAGCACAAUAACUACCAUCACCCGCCGCAUCACUACCUACACUGUGGAUAUGCCGGGUGGCAUAAGUGAGCAACUUGAACAUUCAAGCCCAGAGUUCAAGGGGCCAAGGCAAGAAUCUGGUGAUGGCUCUUCUCGUAUCAGAAUCUCACAUGGAAGCCCUGAAGGUAAUGUGGGAGCAGAAGGGAACGUUUUUGACUCAAGCAAUGUCUCUUACACUGGGCCACAAGUUGGCUCUAUAGAGACACGCUGGGGUACUGGGGGAGUUCAGACCAAAACAACUUCAGGAGAGGUAGAAGGUUUCAGAUUUAAAGGGCCUAACUUUGGAGCAUCAGGGAGCCAGGGAGGCUAUGAGAUUUCAAGUAGGAGUGGAGAGCAAGCUGAUGGAAGCAUUGAGGUGUUAGGAACAAGCAUGACAGUAAGAGACAGCGCACACACCAGUAAGCAUGUGACAAUAGGAGGGUUUGGAGGUGGAGAUGUAACCUCAACUGAUGAGAAUGGAGGGUCAACUAGUCUGUCUUCACCAGGAAAAAGCAUGAAGGUUUUGACAUCAUCCAUGGCUAAAACACAGGAGGGAAGUGUUGACUCGAGUUUAGGUGAGAGGAAAAAGUUAAAGGUAUCUGAAAUCAGUUACUCACAGGCAAAGGCAUCAGGCAGCAUUGACAAUUCGAAUGUCAGACCUGAAGGAGGUUCCAUAUCGAUUGAUAAUGAAUUGAGUGAUGGCAGGAUAGGAGGAUCAGUAAUAAAAAAAGACAAUGUUUCCUCUGGAUUUUCAUCAGGGCCAGGAAAGAUUUCAAUGGGAGGGGUGGAUGUCGACCUUAGAGGUUCAAAGUUGAAAGGUGAGCUUGAUGUUGAAAUGCCAAGCACAAAGGUUAAAAUUCCAUCCAUGUCUGGAUCAGAUAAAGAUGUAAACCUAAGGGGUUCUAAUGUAGAGGGGAAUAUUAAUGUUAAAGUGCCAAAGACUGAGGGAGAAAUAAGGGCAGACAACAUAAACAUUAACAUUAGACCUCAAGGUGGAUUUAACCAGUCAAAAUGUACAAUGCCAUCCAUUGGCAGGAAAAGCCAGGAACUGGAAAGCCCCAAAAUCAAAGGGGAUGUGGCCGUGUCAGUGACAAAGAAAACAGGAAACAUACAAACUGGAGUUGACAUUAAAGGUCCACAGGUUGAUAUUGAAGGACCAAAGGGUGGAUUUGAAAUGCCAAAAACCAAAAUGACAUCAUUUGGCCUCAAAGGUCCAAAAGUGGAGGGUCCAGACCUUGAUGUUAACAUUCCUAAAGCUAACAUUGAUUUGAAAGCACCUGAAGUUGACAUUAAAGGUCCACAUCUUGAUACUGAAGGAGUAGGUGUGGACAUUGAUGGCCACAAAGGAGGAUUUAAAAUGCCAAAUAUUACAAUGCCAUCAUUUGGCUUGAAAGGUCCAAAAGUGGGGGAUCCAGCCAUUAAUAUUAACCUUCCCAAAGCUGAUAUUGAUGUGAAAGCACCUGCAAUUGACUUCAAAGGGCCAGAUGUCAAUGUUGAAGGUCCUGAUGCAAAAAUGAAAGGAACCACAUUCAACCAGUCCAGCAUUUCUGGAGCAAAACUGUCCAAGCCAGAUGUAGAUUUACACCUGAAAGCUCCCAAAGUCAAAGGGGAUGUGGACGUGUCAGUGCCAAAGAUAUCAGGAGACAUAAAAACACCUCAAGUUAACAUCAAAGUUCCAGAGGUUAAAGUUAACCUUCCUAAAGGUAACAUUGAUUUGAAAGCAUCUGGAGUUGACAUCAAAGGUCCAAAAGUUGAUAUCGGAGGGCCUAAGGGUGGAUUCGAAAUGCCAAAAACCAAAAUGACAUCAUUUGGCCUGAAAGGUCCAAAAGUGGAGGGUCGAGACGUUGAUGUUAAUAUUCCUAAAGCCAACAUUGAUCUGAAAGCACCAGAAGUUGACAUUAAAGGUCCACAUCUUGAUACUGAAGGAAUACAUGUUGACUUUGAUGGCCACAAAGGAGGGUUUAAAAUGCCGAAAAUCAAAAUACCAUCAUUUGGCUUGAAAGGUUCAAAAGUGGAGGGCCCAGACUGUAACAUUAACCUCCCCAAAGCUGAUAUUGAUGUCAAAGCACCUGAAGUUGACCUCCAAGGUCCAGAAGUUGAGGUUGAAGGUCCUGAUGCAAAAAUAAAAGGAACCAAAUUCAACCUGCCCAGCAUUUCUGGAGCAAAACUGUCGUCAUCUUCAAAGGUUGAAGGAGCCAGUUUUGAUAUUAACCUGCAAGGCCCAAAAAUCAAAGGAGAUGUGGACAUGUCAAUGCCAAAGAUAUCAGGAGACAUAAAAACACCUGAAGUUAACAUCAAAGUUCCAGAGGUUAAUAUUGAAGGGCAAAAACCUGGAUUUGACGUACCAAAACUCAAAAAGCCAUCAUUUGGGUUCAAAGGUCCAAAUGUGGAGGGUCCAGACAUUGAUGCCAACUUUCCAAAAGCUAACAUUGAUUUGAAAGCACCUGGAGUUGACAUUAAAGGUCCACAGGUUGAUAUUGAAGGAAUAGAUGUUGACAUUGAUGGCCACAAAGGAGGAUUUAAAAUGCCGAAAAUCAAAAUGCCAUCAUUUGUCUCGAAAGGCCCAAAAGUGGAGGGUGCAGAUGUAAAUAUUAACCUUUCCAAAGCUGAUAUUGACCUUAAAGGACCUGAAGUUGACCUCAAAGGGCCAGAUGUCAAUGUUGAAGGUCCUGAUGCAAAAAUAAAAGGAACAAGAUUCAACCUGCCAAGCAUUUCUGGAACAAAACUGUCCAAGCCAGAUGUGGAUUUACACCUGAAAGGUCCGAAAGUCAAAGCUGAUGUGGAUUUGUCAUCUUCAAAGGUCCAAAGUGACAUUUCAAUAACGGAAGUCAAAGUCAAAGGUCCAAAGGUUGAUAUUGAAGGACCAGAUGUGGACAUUGAUGCCGUUAAAGGAGGAAUUAAAAUGCCUAAAUUCAAAAUACCGUCCUUUGGUGUAAAAGCUCCAAAUGUUGAAGGACCAGAAGUGGAUGUCAGCCUCCGAAAAGCUGAUAUUGAUGUGAAAGCACCUGAUUUGGAUAUCAGAGGACCAGAUUUUGAAAAUGAAAGUGCAAGUGGCAAAAUCAAAGGACCAACAUUCAAAUUGCCAAACAUUUCAGGGCCAAAUCUCUCCAUGCCAGAUGUAGAUUUUAAUCGGAAAGGUCCCAAAGUCAAAGGAGACAUAAAAACACCUGAAGUUGAAAUCAAAGCUCCAGCAGUUGAUGUUGAAGGGCAAAAGAGUGGCUUUAAAAUGCCUAACAUCAAAAUGCCAUCAUUAAACAUCAAAGGCCCCAAACUUGAAGGUCCAGAAGUUGACAUGAACCUUCCUAAAGGGAACAUUGAUGUCAAAGCACCUGAAUCUGGAAUCAAAGGGCCAAACAUAAAGGGAGAUUUGGAUGUGUCAUGUCCAAAGAUUGAGGGUAGCAUAACAACUCCCAAGUUGGAUAUAGAAGGACCAGAUGUUGAUAUGGAUGGCGUUAAAGGAGGAUUUAAAAUGCCUAAAUUUAAAAUGCCAGGCUUUGGGUUGAAAGGUCCAAAUGUUGAAGGACCAGAAGUGGAUGUCAGCCUCCCAAAAGCUGAUAUUAAGGUCAAUGCCCCUCACUUGGACAUUAAAGGACCAGAUUUUGACAUUGAAGGUCCAGAUGGUAAAAUCAAAGGACCAACAUUCAAAAUGCCAAGCCUCUCAGGGCCGAACAUCUCCAUGUCAGAUGUAGAUUUUAAACUGAAAGGUCCCAAAGUCAAAGGAGACAUAACAACACCUGAAGUUGACAUCAAAGCUCCAGCGGUUGAUGUUGAAGGGCAAAAGAGUGGCUUUAAAAUGCCUAACAUCAAAAUGCCAUCACUAAAUAUCAAAGGCCCCAAAUUUGAAGGUACAGAUGUUGACAUGAACCUUCCUGCAGGGAACAUUGAUGUUAAAGCACCUGAAGUUGGAAUCAAAGGGCCAAACAUAAAGGGUGAUUUGGAUGUGUCAUGUCCAAAGAUUGAGGGUAGCAUAAAAACUCCCAAGAUGGAUAUAGAAGGACCAGAUGUUGACAUGGAUGGAGUCAAAGGAGGAUUUAAAAUGCCUAAAUUUAAAAUGCCAGGCUUUGGGUUGAAAGGUCCAAAUGUUGAAGGACCAGAAGUGGAUGUCAGCCUCCCAAAAGCUGAUAUCGAUGUCAAUGCCCCUCACUUGGACAUUACAGGACCAGAUUUGGACAUUGAAGGUCCCGGUGGUAAAAUCAAAGGACCAACAUUCAAAAUGCCAAGCCUCUCAGGGCCGAACAUCUCCAUGCCAGAUGUAGAUUUUAAACUGAAAGGUCCCAAAGUCAAGGGAGACAUAAAAACACCUGAAGUUGACAUCAAAGCUCCAGCGGUUGAUGUUGAAGGGCAAAAGAGUGGCUUUAAAAUUCCUAACAUCAAAAUGCCAUCAUUAAAUAUCAAAGGCCCCAAAUUUGAAGGUACAGAUGUUGACAUGAACCUUCCUGCAGGGAACAUUGAUGUUAAAGCACCUGAAGUUGGAAUCAAAGGGCCAAACAUAAAGGGAGAUUUGGAUGUGUCAUGUCCAAAGAUUGAGGGCAGCAUAAAAACUCCCAAGAUGGAUAUAGAAGGACCAGAUGUUGACUUGGAUGGCGUUAAAGGAGGAUUUAAAAUGCCUAAAUUUAAAAUGCCAGGCUUUGGGUUGAAAGGUCCAAAUGUUGAAGGACCAGAAGUGGAUGUCAGCCUCCCAAAAGCUGAUAUUGAUGUCAAUGCCCCUCACUUGGACAUUACAGGACCAGAUUUGGACAUUGAAGGUCCAGGUGGUAAAAUCAAAGGACCAACAUUCAAAAUGCCAAGCCUCUCAGGGCCGAACAUCUCCAUGCCAGAUGUAGAUUUUAAACUGAAAGGUCCCAAAGUCAAGGGAGACAUAAAAACACCUGAAGUUGACAUCAAAGCUCCAAAUAUAAAAGGCGAUGUGGAUUUGUCAGUUCCAAAGAUUAAAGGGAACAUCAAAGCUCCCAAGAUGGAUAUAGAGGGACCAGAUGUUGAUUUUGAUGGCGUUAAAGGAGGAAUUAAAAUGCCUAAAUUUAAAAUGCCAGGCUUUGGGUUCAAAGGUCCAAAUGUUGAAGGACCAGAAGUGGAUGUCAGCCUCCCAAAAGCUGAUAUUGAUGUCAAUGCACCUCACUUGGACAUUACAGGACCAGAUUUGGACGUUGAAGGUCCAGGUGGCAAAAUCAAAGGACCAACAUUCAAAUUGCCAAGCCUCUCAGGGCCGAACAUCUCCAUGCCAGAUGUAGAUUUUAAACUGAAAGGUCCCAAAGUCAAGGGAGACAUAAAAACACCUGAAGUUGACAUCAAAGCUCCAGCGGUUGAUGUUGAAGGGCAAAAGAGUGGCUUUAAAAUGCCUAACAUCAAAAUGCCAUCACUAAAUAUCAAAGGCCCCAAAUUUGAAGGUACAGAUGUUGACAUGAACCUUCCUGCAGGGAACAUUGAUUUUAAAGCACCUGAAGUUGGAAUCAAAGGGCCAAACAUAAAGGGAGAUUUGGAUGUGUCAUGUCCAAAGAUUGAGGGUAGCAUAAAAACUCCCAAGAUGGAUAUAGAAGGACCAGAUGUUGACAUGGAUGGCGUCAAAGGAGGAUUUAAAAUGCCUAAAUUUAAAAUGCCAGGCUUUGGGUUGAAAGGUCCAAAUGUUGAAGGACCAGAAGUGGAUGUCAGCCUCCCAAAAGCUGAUAUCGAUGUCAAUGCCCCUCACUUGGACAUUACAGGACCAGAUUUGGACAUUGAAGGUCCAGGUGGUAAAAUCAAAGGACCAACAUUCAAAAUGCCAAGCCUCUCAGGGCCAAACAUUUCCAUGCCAGAUGUAGAUUUUAAACUGAAAGGUCCCAAAGUCAAGGGAGACAUAAAAACACCUGAAGUUGGAAUCAAAGGGCCAAACAUAAAGGGAGAUUUGGAUGUGUCAUGUCCAAAGAUUGAGGGUAGCAUAAAAACUCCCAAGAUGGAUAUAGAAGGACCAGAUGUUGACAUGGAUGGCGUCAAAGGAGGAUUUAAAAUGCCUAAAUUUAAAAUGCCAGGCUUUGGGUUGAAAGGUCCAAAUGUUGAAGGACCAGAAGUGGAUGUCAGCCUCCCAAAAGCUGAUAUCGAUGUCAAUGCCCCUCACUUGGACAUUACAGGACCAGAUUUGGACAUUGAAGGUCCAGGUGGUAAAAUCAAAGGACCAACAUUCAAAAUGCCAAGCCUCUCAGGGCCAAACAUUUCCAUGCCAGAUGUAGAUUUUAAACUGAAAGGUCCCAAAGUCAAGGGAGACAUAAAAACACCUGAAGUUGACAUCAAAGCUCCAAACAUAAAAGGUGAUGUGGAUUUGUCAGUUCCAAAGAUUAAAGGGAACAUAAAAGCUCCCAAGAUGGAUAUAGAAGGACCAGAUGUUGAUUUUGAUGGCGUUAAAGGAGGAAUUAAAAUGCCUAAAUUUAAAAUGCCAGGCUUUGGGUUCAAAGGUCCAAAUGUUGAAGGACCAGAAGUGGAUGUCAGCCUCCCAAAAGCUGAUAUUGAUGUCAAUGCCCCUCACUUGGACAUUACAGGACCAGAUUUGGACAUUGAAGGUCCAGGUGGUAAAAUCAAAGGACCAACAUUCAAAAUGCCAAGCCUCUCAGGGCCGAACAUCUCCAUGCCAGAUGUAGAUUUUAAACUGAAAGGUCCCAAACUCAAGGGAGACAUCAAAACACCUGAAGUUGAUAUCAAAGCUCCAAACAUAAAGGGCGAUUUGGAUUUGUCAGUUCCAAAGAUUAAAGGGAACAUAAAAGCUCCCAAGAUGGAUAUCGAAGGACCAGAUGUUGACUUUGAUGGCGUUAAAGGAGGAAUUAAAAUGCCUAAAUUUAAAAUGCCAGGCUUUGGGUUGAAAGGUCCAAAUGUUGAAGGACCAGAAGUGGAUGUCCGCCUCCCAAAAGCUGAUAUUGAUGUUAAUGCCCCCGACUUGGAUAUUAAAGGACCAGAUUUUGACAUUGAAGGUCCAGGUGGUAAAAUGAAAGGUCACACAUUCAAAAUGCCAAGCCUUUCAGGGCCGAACAUCUCAAUGCCAGACGUUGAUUUUAACCUGAGAGGCCCCAAAGUCAAAGGCAAUGUGGACAUGUCAAUGCCAAAGAUAAAAGGAGACAUCAAAACACCUAAAGUUGACAUCAAAGUGCCAGAGGUAAAUAUUGAAGGGCAAAAGAGUGGCUUUAAAAUGCCAUCAUUGAACAUCAAAGCUCCCAAAUGUGAAGGUCCACAAGUUGACGUGAAACUUCCUGCAGCGAACAUUGAUGUUAAAACACCUGAUGUUGACAUUGAAGGACCAAGCAUAAAGGGAGAUUUGGAUGUAUCAGUGCCAAAGAUCGAGGGUAAAAUAAAAACACCCAAGUUGGACAUUGAAGGACCAGAUGUUGACUUUGAUGGCAUCAAAGGAGGUAUUAAAAUGCCUAAAUUUAAAUUGCCAGCCUUUGGGUUGAAAGGUCCAAAUGUUGAAGGACCAGAAGUGGAUGUCAGCCUCCCAAAAGCUGAUUUUGAUGUAAAUGCCCCUGACUUGGCUAUAACAGGACCAGAUUUGGACGUUAGAAGUCCAGGAGGUAAAUUUAAAGGACCAACAUUCAAAAUGCCAAACAUUUCAGGACCGAGCAUCUCCAUGCCAGAUGUAGAUUUUAACCUGAAAGGCCCCAAACUCAAAGGCGAUGUGGACAUGUCAAUGCCAAAGAUAAAAGGGGACAUAAAAACACCUGAAGUUGACAUCAAAUGUCCAGGUGUUGAACUUGAGGGACCGGAUGCUACAAUUGACGUGCCAGAGAUUGGCGCAAAGAAAAGUAAAUUUAAAAUGCCAAAGUUUGGAUUUAAGGGCUCAAAGAUAAAGACCCCGGAAACCAACGUUGAAAUGGUAAAAGGGGAUAUCAGCAUUAAAGGGAAAUCUGGUAGCUAUGAAGGUUUUGAUCCUAACCUUGGAUUGACUAGUCCGAAAACCAAAGGAUCCAAAUUCAAGAUGCCAAAAUUUGGUUUCAAAGGCCCAAAAAGUGAAAUGCCUGAGGUUGAUAUUAAUCUUCCCAAAUCUGGCAUUGAUAUAACAACUCCAGAUGUUGAAACUGAAGGACUGGAUAUUAAAAUGAAGAGACCCAAACUGAAAAUGCCAACGAUCGCAGGGACAAACAUGGAUAUGCCUAAUGUUGAUUUGGAUCUGAAAGGUCCCAAAAUCAAAGGCAAUUUGGACCUAUCAGUACCAAAGAUGAAAGGAGACAUAAAAACACCUGAGUUUGACGUUACAGGGCCAGUGGUUGAUGUUGAAGGGCCAAAAGGUGGCUUUGAAAUGCCGAAAAUCAAAAUGCCAUCAUUUGGCUUGAAAGGUCCAAAAGUGGAGGGACCAGACAUUAAUAUUAACCUUCCCAAAGCGAACAUUGAUGUGAAAGCACCUGAUUUGGAUAUCAGAGGACCAGAUUUUGAAAUUGAAAGUGCAAGUGGCAAAAUCAAAGGACCAACAUUCAAAUUGCCAAGCCUCUCAGGGCCAAAUCUCUCCAUGCCAGAUGUAGAUUUUAACCGGAAAGGUCCCAAAGUCAAAGGAGACAUAAAAACACCUGAAGUUGACAUCAAAGCUCCAGCGGUUGAUGUUGAAGGGCAAAAGAUUGGCUUUAAAAUGCCUAACAUCAAAAUGCCAUCAUUGAACGUCAAAAGCCCUAAAUUUGAAGGUCCACAAUUUGACAUCAACCUUCCUGCAGGGAACAUUGAUGUUAAAGCACCUGAAGUUGGAAUCAAAGGGCCAAACAUAAAGGGAGAUUUGGAUGUGUCAUGUCCAAAGAUUGAGGGCAGCAUAAAAACUCCCAAGAUGGAUAUAGAAGGUCCAGAUGUUGACAUGGAUGGCGUUAAAGGAGGAUUUAAAAUGCCUAAAUUUAAAAUGCCAGGCUUUGGGUUGAAAGGUCCAAAUGUUGAAGGACCAGAAGUGGAUGUCCGCCUCCCAAAAGCUGAUAUCGAUGUCAAUGCCCCUCACUUGGACAUUACAGGACCAGAUUUGGACAUUGAAGGUUCAGGUGGUAAAAUCAAAGGACCAACAUUCAAAAUGCCAAGCCUCUCAGGGCCAAACCUCUCCAUGCCAGAUGUAGAUUUCAAACUGAAAGGUCCCAAAGUCAAAGGAGACAUAAAAACACCUGAAGUUGACAUCAAAGCUCCAGCGGUUGAUAUUGAAGGACCAGAUCUUGAUUUAGAUGGAGCCAAAGGAGGAUUUAAAAUGCCUAAAUUUAAAAUGCCAGGCUUUGGGUUGAAAGGUCCAAAUGUUGAAGGACCAGAAGUGGAUGUCAGCCUCCCAAAAGCUGAUAUUGAUGUCAAUGCCCCUCACUUGGACAUUACAGGACCAGAUUUGGACAUUGAAGGUCCAGGUGGUAAAAUCAAAGGACCAACAUUCAAAAUGCCAAGCCUCUCAGGGCCAAACAUCUCCAUGCCAGAUGUAGAUUUUAAACUGAAAGGUCCCAAAGUCAAGGGAGACAUAAAAACACCUGAAGUUGACAUCAAAGCUCCAGCGGUUGACAUUGAAGGACCAGAUCUUGAUUUAGAUGGAGCCAAAGGAGGAUUUAAAAUGCCUAAAUUUAAAAUGCCAGGCUUUGGGUUCAAAGGUCCAAAUGUUGAAGGACCAGAAGUGGAUGUCAGCCUCCCAAAAGCUGAUAUUGAUGUCAAUGCCCCUCACUUGGACAUUACAGGACCAGAUUUGGACAUUGAAGGUUCAGGUGGUAAAAUCAAAGGACCAACAUUCAAAAUGCCAAGCCUCUCAGGGCCAAACAUCUCCAUGCCAGACGUAGAUUUUAAACUGAAAGGUCCCAAAGUCAAAGGAGACAUAAAAACACCUGAAGUUGACAUCAAAGCUCCAGCGGUUGAUAUUGAAGGUCCAGAUCUUGACUUAGAUGGAGCCAAAGGAGGAUUUAAAAUGCCUAAAUUUAAAAUGCCAGGCUUUGGGUUGAAAGGUCCAAAUGUUGAAGGACCAGAAGUGGAUGUGAGCCUCCCAAAAGCUGAUAUUGACGUCAACGCCCCUCACUUGGACAUUACAGGACCAGAUUUGGACAUUGAAGGUUCAGGUGGUAAAUUCAAAGGACCAACAUUCAAAAUGCCAAGCCUCUCAGGGCCAAACAUCUCCAUGCCAAAUGUAGAUUUUAAACUGAAAGGUCCCAAAGUCAAAGGAGACAUAAAAACACCUGAAGUUGACAUCGAAGCUCCAGCGGUUGAUAUUGAAGGACCAGAUCUUGACUUAGAUGGAGCCAAAGGAGGAUUUAAAAUGCCGAAAUUUAAAAUGCCAGGCUUUGGGUUGAAAGGUCCAAAUGUUGAAGGACCAGAAUUGGAUGUCAGCCUCCCAAAAGCUGAUAUUGAUGUCAAUGCCCCUCACUUGGACAUUAAAGGACCAGAUUUUGACAUUGAAGGUCCAGGUGGUAAAAUCAAAGGACCAACAUUCAAAAUGCCAAGCCUCUCAGGGCCAAACAUCUCCAUGCCAGAUGUAGAUUUUAAACUGAAAGGUCCCAAAGUCAAAGGAGACAUAAAAACACCUGAAAUUGACAUCAAAGCUCCAGCGGUUGAUAUUGAAGGACCAGAUCUCGACUUAGAUGGAGCCAAAGGAGGAUUUAAAAUGCCUAAAUUUAAAAUGCCAGGCUUUGGGUUGAAAGGUCCAAAUGUUGAAGGACCAGAAGUGGAUGUCAGCCUCCCAAAAGCUGAUAUUGAUGUCAAUGCCCCUCACUUGGACAUUACAGGACCAGAUUUGGACAUUGAAGGUCCAGGUGGUAAAAUCAAAGGACCAACAUUCAAAAUGCCAAGCCUCUCAGGGCCAAACAUCUCCAUGCCAGAUGUAGAUUUUAAACUGAAAGGUCCCAAAGUCAAAGGAGACAUAAAAACACCUGAAGUUGACAUCAAAGCUCCAGCGGUUGAUAUUGAAGGACCAGAUCUUGACUUAGAUGGAGCCAAAGGAGGAUUUAAAAUGCCUAAAUUUAAAAUGCCAGGCUUUGGGUUCAAAGGUCCAAAUGUUGAAGGACCAGAAGUGGAUGUCAGCCUCCCAAAAGCUGAUAUUGAUGUCAAUGCCCCUCACUUGGACAUUAAAGGACCAGAUUUGGACAUUGAAGGUCCAGGUGGUAAAAUCAAAGGACCAACAUUCAAAAUGCCAAGCCUCUCAGGGCCAAACAUCUCCAUGCCAGAUGUAGAUUUUAAACUGAAAGGUCCCAAAGUCAAAGGAGACAUAAAAACACCUGAAGUUGACAUCAAAGCUCCAGCGGUUGAUAUUGAAGGACCAGAUCUUGACUUAGAUGGAGCCAAAGGAGGAUUUAAAAUGCCUAAAUUUAAAAUGCCAGGCUUUGGGUUGAAAGGUCCAAAUGUUGAAGGACCAGAAGUGGAUGUCAGCCUCCCAAAAGCUGAUAUUGAUGUCAAUGCCCCUCACUUGGACAUUACAGGACCAGAUUUUGACAUUGAAGGUCCAGGUGGUAAAAUCAAAGGACCAACAUUCAAAAUGCCAAGCCUCUCAGGGCCAAACAUCUCCAUGCCAGAUGUAGAUUUUAAACUGAAAGGUCCCAAAGUCAAGGGAGACAUAAAAACACCUGAAAUUGACAUCAAAGCUCCAGCGGUUGAUAUUGAAGGACCAGAUCUUGAUUUAGAUGGAGCCAAAGGAGGAUUUAAAAUGCCUAAAUUUAAAAUGCCAGGCUUUGGGUUGAAAGGUCCAAAUGUUGAAGGACCAGAAGUGGAUGUCAGCCUCCCAAAAGCUCAUAUUGAUGUCAAUGCCCCUCACUUGGACAUUACAGGACCAGAUUUGGACAUUGAAGGUCCAGGUGGUAAAAUCAAAGGACCAACAUUCAAAAUGCCAAGCCUCUCAGGGCCAAACAUCUCCAUGCCAAAUGUAGAUUUUAAACUGAAAGGUCCCAAAGUCAAAGGAGACAUAAAAACACCUGAAGUUGACAUCAAAGCUCCAGCGGUUGAUAUUGAAGGACCAGAUCUUGACUUAGAUGGCGUCAAAGGAGGAUUUAAAAUGCCUAAAUUUAAAAUGCCAGGCUUUGGGUUCAAAGGUCCAAAUGUUGAAGGACCAGAAGUGGAUGUCAGCCUCCCAAAAGCUGAUAUUGAUGUCAAUGCCCCCCACUUGGAUAUUAAAGGACCAGAUUUUGACAUUGAAGGUCCAGGUGGUAAAAUCAAAGGACCAACAUUCAAAAUGCCAAGCCUUUCAGGACCGAACAUCUCCAUGCCAGACGUUGAUUUUAACCUGAGAGGCCCCAAACUCAAAGGCGAUGUGGACAUGUCAAUACCAAAGAUAAAAGGAGACAUCAAAACACCUGAAGUUGGCAUCAAAGCUCCAAACAUAAAGGGCGAUUUGGAUUUGUCAGUUCCAAGGAUUAAAGGGAACAUAAAAGCUCCCAAGAUGGAUAUAGAAGGACCAGAUGUUGACAUGGAUGGCGUUAAAGGAGGAAUUAAAAUGCCUAAAUUUAAAAUGCCAGGCUUUGGGUUCAAAGGUCCAAAUGUUGAAGGACCAGAAGUGGAUGUCAGCCUCCCAAAAGCUGAUAUUGAUGUCAAUGCCCCCCACUUGGAUAUUAAAGGACCAGAUUUUGACAUUGAAGGUCCAGGUGGUAAAAUCAAAGGACCAACAUUCAAAAUGCCAAGCCUUUCAGGGCCAAACAUCUCCAUGCCAAAUGUAGAUUUUAAACUGAAAGGUCCCAAAGUCAAAGGAGACAUACAAAAACCUGAAGUUGAAAUUGAAGGUCCAGCGGUUGAUAUUGAAGGACCAGAUGUUGACUUAGAUGGCGUCAAAGGAGGAUUUAAAAUGCCUAAAUUUAAAAUGCCAGGCUUUGGGUUCAAAGGUCCAAAUGUUGAAGGACCAGAAGUUGAUGUCAGCCUCCCAAAAGCUGAUAUUGAUGUUAAUGCCCCUCACUUGGAUAUUAAAGGACCAGAUUUGGACAUUGAAGGCCCAGGUGGUAAAAUCAAAGGACCAACAUUCAAAAUGCCGAGCCUCUCAGGGCCGAACAUCUCAAUGCCAGACAUUGAUUUUAACCUGAGAGGCCCCAAAGUGAAAGGAGAGAUACAAAGAUCUGAAGUUGAAAUUGAAGGUCCAGAAGUUGAUAUUGAAGGGCCGAAGAGUGGCUUUAAAAUGCCCAACAUCAAAAUGCCAUCGUGGAACAUCAAAGGUCCCAAAUUUGAAGGUCCAGAAGUUGACAUGAACCUUCCUGAAGCAAACAUUGCCGUUAAAACACCUGAUGUUGACAUUAAAGGGCCAAACAUAAAGGGAGAUUUGGAUGUGUCAUGUCCAAAGAUCGAGGGUAAAAUAAAAACUCCCAAGAUGGACAUUGAAGGACCAGAUGUUGACUUUGAUGGCAUCAAAGGAGGAUUUAAAAUGCCUAAAUUUAAAAUGCCAGGCUUUGGGCUGAAAGGUCCAAAUGUUGAAGGACCAGAAGUGGAUGUCAGCCUCCCAAAAGCUGAUAUUGAUGUCAAUGCCCCUCACUUGGAUGUUACAGGACCAGAUUUUGACAUUGAAAGUCCGAGUGGUAAAUUCAAAGGACCAACAUUCAAAUUACCAAGCAUUUCAGGGCCAAAUCUUUCCAUGCCAGAUUUUAACCUGAAAGGUCCCAAAGUCAAAGGAGACAUACAAAAACCUGAAUUUGAAAUCCAAGCUCCAGAAUUUGAUAUUGAAGGGCAAAAGAGUGGCUUUAAAAUGCCUAACAUCAAAAUGCCAUCAUGGAACAUCAAAGGUCCCAAAUUUGAAGGUCCAGAAGUUGACAUGAACCUUCCUGAAGCAAACAUUGAUGUUAAAACACCUGGUGUUGACAUUAAAGGGCCAAACAUAAAGGGAGAUUUGGAUGUGUCAUGUCCAAAGAUCGAGGGUAAAAUAAAAUCUCCCAAGAUGGAUAUAGAAGGACCAGAUUUUGACUUUGAUGGCGUUAAAGGAGGAUUUAAAAUGCCUAAAUUUAAAAUGCCAGGCUUUGGGUUGAAAGGUCCAAAUGUUGAAGGACCAGAAGUUGAUGUCAGCCUCCCAAAAGCUGAUAUUGAUGUCAAUGCCCCUCACUUGGAUGUUAAAGGACCAGAUUUUGACAUUGAAAGUCCAAGUGGUAAAAUCAAAGGUCACAAAUUCAAAAUGCCAAACAUUUCAGGGCCAAAUCUUUCCAUGCCAGAUGUAGAUUUUAACCUGAAAGGUCCCAAAGUCAAAGGAGACAUACAAAAACCUGAAUUUGAAAUCCAAGCUCCAGAAGUGGAUAUUGAAGGGCACAAGAGUGGCUUUAAAAUGCCUAACAUCAAAAUGCCAUCAUGGAACAUUAAAGGUCCCAAAUUUGAAGGCCCAGAAGUUGACAUGAACCUUCCUGAAGCAAACAUUGAUGUUAAAAUACCUGAUGUUGACAUUAAAGGGCCAAACAUAAAGGGAGAUUUGGAUGUGUCCUGUCCAAAAAUCGAGGGUAAAAUAAAAACUCCGAAGAUGCCUAAAUUCAAAAUGCCAGGCUUUGGGCUGAAAGGUCCAAAUGUUGAAGGACCAGAAGUGGAUGUCAGCCUCCCAAAAGCUGAUAUUGAUGUCAAUGCCCCUCACUUGGAUGUUAAAGGACCAGAUUUUGACAUUGAAGGUCCAGGUGGUAAAAUCAAAGGACCAACAUUCAAAAUGCCAACCCUUUCAGGACCGAACAUCUCCAUGCCAGACGUUGAUUUUAACCUGAGAGGCCCCAAACUCAAAGGCGAUGUAGACUUGUCAAUGCCAAAGAUAAAAGGAGACAUCAAAACACCUGAAGUUGACAUCAAAGCUCCAAACAUAAAGGGUGAUUUGGAUUUGUCAGUUCCAAAGAUUAAGGGGAACAAAAAAGCUCCCAAGUUGGAUAUCGAAGGACCAGAUGUUGACAUUGAUGGCCACAAAGGAAGAUUUAAAAUGCCUAAAUUCAAAAUGCCAACCUUUGGAGGGAAAGGUCCCAAUGUUGAAAUGCCAGAAGUUGAUGUCAGCAUUCCAAAAGCUGAUAUUGAUGUUAAUGCCCCUCACUUGGAUAUCAAAGGACCAGAUUUGGACAUUGAAGGUCCAAGUGGUAAAAUCAAAGGUCACACAUUCAAAAUGCCAAGCUUUUCAGGGCCGAAAAUCUCCAUGCCAGAUGUAGAUUUUAACCUGAAAGGCCCCAAACUCAAAGGCGAUGUAGACAUGUCAAUGCCAAAGACACAAGGAGACAUAAAAACACCUGAAGGUGAAAUCAAAGCUCCAGAGGUUGAUAUUGAAGGGUCAAAGAGCGGCUUUAAAAUGCCUAACAUCAAAAUGCCAUCAUGGAACCUCAAAGGCCCCAACAUUGAAGGUCCAAACGUUGACAUGAACCUUCCUGCAGGGAACAUUGAUUUUAAAACACCUGAUGUUGACAUUAAAGGGCCAAACAUAAAGGGAGGUUUGGAUGUGUCAAGUCCAACAUUUGAGGGUAACAUAAAAGCUCCCAAGAUAGAUAUUGAAGGACCAGAUGUUGACUUUGAUGGCGUUAAAGGAGGAAUUAAAAUGCCUAAAUUUAAAAUGCCAGGCUUUGGGUUCAAAGGUCCAAAUGUUGAAGGACCAGAAGUGGAUGUCAGCCUCCCAAAAGCUGAUAUUGAUGUUAAUGCCCCACACUUGGAUAUCAAAGGUCCAGAUUUGGACAUUGAAGGUCCAGGUGGUAAAAUUAAAGGUCACACAUUCAAAAUGCCAAGCCUUUCAGGACCGAACAUCUCCAUGCCAGACGUGGAUUUUAACCUGAGAGGCCCCAGACUCAAAGGCGAUGUGGACAUGUCAAUGCCAAAGAUAAAAGGAGACAUCAAAACACCUGAAGUUGACAUCAAAGCUCCAAACAUAAAGGGCGAUUUGGAUUUAUCAGUUCCAAAGAUUAAAGGGAACAUAAAAGCUCCCAAGAUGGAUAUCGAAGGACCAGAUGUUGACUUUGAUGGCGUUAAAGGAGGAAUUAAAAUGCCUAAAUUUAAAAUGCCAGGCUUUGGGUUCAAAGGUCCAAAUGUUGAAGGACCAGAAGUGGAUGUCAGCCUCCCAAAAGCUGAUAUUGAUGUUAAUGCCCCUCACUUGGACAUUAAAGGACCAGAUUUUGACAUUGAAAGUCCAAGUGGUAAAAUCAAAGGUCACAAAUUCAAAAUGCCAAACAUUUCAGGGCCAAAUCUUUCCAUGCCAGAUGUAGAUUUUAACUUGAAAGGUCCCAAAGUCAAAGGAGACAUACAAAAACCUGAAUUUGAAAUCCAAGCUCCAGAAGUUGAUAUUGAAGGGCACAAGAGUGGCUUUAAAAUGCCUAACAUUAAAAUGCCAUCAUGGAACAUUAAAGGUCCCAAAUUUGAAGGCCCAGAAGUUGACAUGAACCUUCCUGAAGCAAACAUUGAUGUUAAAAUACCUGAUGUUGACAUUAAAGGGCCAAACAUAAAGGGAGAUUUCGAUGUGUCAACUCCAAAGUUUGAGGGUAACAUAAAAGCUCCUAAGAUGGAUAUAGAAGGACCAGAUGUUGACUUUGAUGGUGUUAAAGGAGGAAUUAAAAUGCCUAAAUUUAAAAUGCCAGGCUUUGGGUUCAAAGGUCCAAAUGUUGAAGGACCAGAAGUUGAUGUCAGCCUCCCAAAAGCUGAUAUUGAUGUUAAUGCCCCCAACUUGGAUAUUAAAGGACCAGAUUUUGACAUUGAAGGGCCAAAGAGUGGCUUUAAAAUGCCUAACAUCAAAAUGCCAUCAUGGAACAUCAAAGGUCCAAAAUUUGAAGGUACAGAAGUUGACAUGAACCUUCCUGAAGCAAACAUUGAUGUUAAAACACCUGAUCUUGAGAUUAAAGGGCCAAACAUAAAGGGAGGUUUGGAUGUGUCAACUCCAAAGUUUGAGGGUAACAUAAAAGCUCCCAAGAUGGAUAUAGAAGGACCAGAUCUUGACUUUGAUGGCGUUAAAGGAGGAAUUAAAAUGCCUAAAUUUAAAAUGCCAGGCUUUGGGUUCAAAGGUCCAAAUGUUGAAGGACCAGAAGGGGAUGUCAGCCUCCCAAAAGUUGACAUUGAUUGUAAUGCCCCUCGCUUGGAUAUUACGGGACCAGAUUUGGAUAUUGAAGGUCCAGGUGGUAAAAUCAAAGGUCACACAUUCAAAAUGCCAAGCCUUUCAGGACCAAAUCUCUCCAUGCCAGAUGUUGAUUUUAACCUGAGAGGCCCCAAACUCAAAGGCGAUGUGGACAUGUCAAUGCCAAAGAUAAAAGGAGACAUCAAAACACCUGAAGUUGAUAUCAAAGCUCCAAAAAUAAAGGGCGACUUGGAUUUGUCAGUUCCAAAGAUUAAAGGGAACAUAAAAGCUCCCAAGAUGGAUAUCGAAGGACCAGAUUUUGACUUCGAUGGCGUUAAAGGAGGAAUUAAAAUGCCUAAAAUCAGAAUGCCAUCAUUUGGCCUCGAAGGUCCAAAAAUUGAGGGUCCAGACAUUGAUGUUAAAGCACCUGAACUUGACCUCAAUCUGAAAGGUCCCACAAUCAAAGGUGAUGUGGGAGUAUCAGUGCCAAAGAUAAAGGGAGACUUAGAAAAACCUGCUGUUGACAUCAAAGGUCCAGAGGUCGACUUUAAAGUUCCUAAGGGGGGAUUUACAAUGCCUAAAAUGACCAUGCCAUCACUUAACAUUAAAGAUCCAAAGGUUGAGGGUUCAGCUGUCAACAUAAACAUUCCCAAAGGAAACAUUGAUGUUAAAGCUCCUGAUGUUGAUGUCAAAGUGAAAGGUUCAAAAGUAAAAGGAAAGAUGGAUGCAUCUAUGCCCAAAUUGGAUUCCGAUAUCAAAGGUCCAAAUGUUAACAUUGCAGUUCCAACUAUCACUAUGGAAGGUGUGUCUAUUGAUUCUGAAAAGACAGGUAUUACAUUCCCCAAGUUCAAAGGUCCUAAGUUUGGAAUGAAAUCCCCAGAAGUGGAGGGAAAAACUCCCACGUACAGUGUGGAAGCAAAAGGUUCCAAAACCAAAGUAAGUCUGCCAGGAAUUGACACAGGUAGUGUUGAUGCCCCUGACAUCAACUUGAAGGGGAAAAAGGGGAAAUUCAAACUUCCAAAAGUGAAAGGAAAGGUAAAGAAACCUGAUGUUGAUAUAGAAACGCCUGCAGUAGACGUUGAUGUAGACACACCCAAUAUUCAUGUCAAGGGAACAAAGGUAAAGAAGUCACGUUUUGGCAAGCUUCAUUUUCCUGAUGUGGAAUUAGAUAUCAAAUCUCCAAAAUUGAAAGGUGAUGGUGACAUUGAUUUUCCAGCUGCUAGCUUGAACACUGGUAUUGAAGGUGCUGGUAUUGACAGUCCAAAUAUUCAUUUUGGAGGGACAGAUAGGAAAUUAAAUGUCGAUACAAAUCUGAACAGAGAAGCAACUAUGUCUGUAGGUUUUAGAGAACUGAACAAAAAUGUGAGCUCCGGUGCAGAGUUUGAUGCAAGUGCUUCAGGGUACAGUGGAAGUGGUGGCCUUCAUUACCCGGAAGGUACUGUAACAUUUCCCAAAUUCAAGGUACCAAAAUUUGGUAUUGUUCAGCCUCAGGUGGAAGGCCAGGGAGGUGAAGGAAAUGAUGACUUAGCUAAUAGAGGCAUAAACAUACAGUCUCCAACUUUAAGUUGCCAAGUCAGUUCACCAAAUAUUGAGGUUCCCAGUCCAGAACUAAGGCAAAGAGAAGGCAAAAUAAGGGUAAAGAUGCCAACAUUGUUUGGCAAAUCUAAAGCAAAGGGUAGUAGUGCAGGUGACCUUCGAGGAUCAGAGGUAGAGUUGAAUACAAGUGGAAAAGGUGGUAAGGUACAUACUGGGGGACUGAAAGGUGGAACAUUUGAAUUAGAGGGUGAUCCUGGGCUCAGUGUGUCAGCUAAAGGAAAGUCAGCCUCACUAGAUCUAUUUAAGAAAUCAAGGCAUCGAUCUUCUUCUCUGAGUGAUGAGGGGGGGCUUGAUGAAAGUUCUCAGUCAGCUCACUUAGAAGCUGAGGGUGGCGACAUUUCAUUAGACCUAGGAGGAAGCAAGGUCAAAGGAAAGAAAGGCAAGUUGAAGUUUGGCACCUUUGCAGGUUUUGGUUCAAAGUCAAAGGGCUCAUAUGAAGUGUCACUUGGUGGGGAGGGUGAAGGAGGUGCAGGUGUUUCUCUACCCUCUAAGACAACAAGAUUGUCUUCAUCCUCCAGCAGUGACAGUGGUUCGAGAGGUGGUUUCAGGUUCCCGAGACUUGAACUCUCUGUUUCACCCAAAAAAUGAUGAAAGAAUAAAAAAUUAGAUGAAUUAAACUCUGUCAUGUACACCCAAGUAGACUCACCUAACAUGGAGAUUUUUUCUGAAGAUUUUAAGAAUCUAAGGGGACGUACACAGUCAUCUCAAUUAUGGUUAACUAUUAGUAGUUUUUUGUUUUUUAUUAUGAGUGCAUGAGAUUGUUUAAAAUCCCUUAUCAUUGUAAAUAAGAUUAAAUGUAUUGUGAUAAUACUUCUUUUUUGUACAUAGUCCAGAUUUAUUGAACAUAUGCCAUAUCACCAAAUUUUCACAAGUAGUUUUAGUUUUAUCGGGUGUUCAUUUGUCCUAUUGCAUAAAUGAAUGGUAUUCAUGAAUGGGUGUGGAAUAUUUGUAUCCAGGGUUCUAUUGCACAGAACAUAUAAUUACGAUUGUUAUUUUGAAGGAAAAUGUUGUUUAUACACAAAGACACAAAUGCAGUAAGUAAAUACAGUUACCAGUUUUUUUGUGUUUUAAAUGAUUUAAUUUUCAAGCUUUUGUUAUUAUAUCAUCAGUGCAAAGGCUAUUUAGGAAACAUCAACCUGCAUCUUUCUAACACAGUCCAAAGAAUAAUGGUGUUGUAUAUACCUUAAUUAUAGAGACAAUUGAUGUUUGAAACCUACCAAUUCUCUGAAAUGCUGUCAGUACUUUACUGUUCAUUUUGAAAUAAACGUUUUCCACUCUCUGAAUCUGUGCCAUUUAAACAAUAUGCAAUGUUUUAAACAUAUUUGCUUCCUAUUCUUGUGUCAUUUUCAUUCUGACCUGUUUUAUUAUCAUCUGUAUUUUUUUUCUGUCACUCUCUUUGUACACAAACCUAAUGAUUAUGUAAUAAAAUGUCACAAAUAAACUCACUUUUUGAUUGCAAACAGAA